GGAGAAAUGCUAAAACCUAUAAAUGUUGGGUAGUUAUGUUUGUUUGUCUAUGUACUCGAGCUGUUUAUAUAGAUAUAGUCAGUGAUCUCUCUACUGCAGCCUUUUUGUCAUCCUUGGACAGAUUUAUUUCAAGGAGAGGGGUGCCAGCUACUAUGUAUAGUGAUUUAGGUACAAACUUUGUGGGUGCAGCCAGAGAACUGAAAGAACUUAGAGAUGUAUUACUACAGGGUAAUGACCAAAUCAAGUCCUACUGUGAAGAGCGUCACAUCAAUUGGCAGUUCAACCCUCCAUCAGCUCCGAAUUUUGGUGGUUCCUGGGAAGCCGCAGUAAAAUCAAUGAAACAUCACCUCAAACGAGUAAUCAAAGAUCGUCCCUUAACAUUUGAAGAAUAUUCAACUCUAUUAGCGAAAAUAGAAGCUAUCAUGAAUUCCCGUCCUUUGUGUCCAGUGUCAUCCAGCCCUUCCGAUGGGUUUGAUUAUUUGACUCCAGGACAUUUUCUUGUGGGUGCUCCUCUACUCUUAAGUCGCCCUGAAGAGGAUCUGUCAAUUCAACCCAUAAACUUUCGAUCGAGAUGGCAGCUUAUCUCCCGAAGUGUUCAGGAUUUUUGGCAGAGAUGGUCUCGAGAAUACAUUCACACCCUCAUGCAUCGCCCGAAGUGGGAUACUACCAUUCCAAACCUCACUCCAGGGAAGAUGAUACUUCUUCCAGCCAAGAACCUUCCUCCAACAUCAUGGUCCAUUGGCCGAGUCCUCGAAGUGUAUCCUGGUAUAGAUGGAACCGUUCGGGUGGCGCAGAUCAAGACUGCUAGUGGAACCUUCACUCGUCCUGUGAAUAAACUAUGUCUAUUGCCUUUUCAAGAUUAAGCUUCAAUGUUUUUAUGUGUUUGUUUUAAAAUAUUCAUUUUGGGUGGGGGGAUGUUUGGGCCAUCCUUAUUUCCCUCCAAUCUCCUUAAUCUGGUGGAAAGUGAGUGAACUAAGUAAUGCAGUGUUUGUGUUUGAUUGGUGCUGAACUCUGGUGGGCAAAGCCUGAACUUUGGU